CCUUUCCUCCAAUCCAUGUGGUCUGUCACAGAGGUGAAUCCAGGUACCUAGCCCUCCGUCCGCCGAGGGAGACGUGAUCCAGACAAGGCAAGUCAGCUUCUUGCAGGGACUGGAACCGUGUGCAGAGACAGGGAAGGGCAAGCUCCGGAGGCCGUGUCCCAAACAGGAGUUCACGGUUCUGCUACUGAGGACCCCAGAACUCCUCCAAUGCCUGCCUUUCCCGCGGCCAGACCCGCCUCCUGGUGCCAGGCCAAGCUGGGCUGUAUAAAACUGGGAUAGACUGCAGCUCUUCACAAAACAACUUCUUGACAACAUGAGGUCCAGUAGCUUCUUGGUCCUGGCGGUCUUCCUCAUCCUUGGGAUGCUGGCUGUACAGGCCGUCAUGGCUGGCAAAGAUCAUGUUCCAGUAAGAGGACAAGGUCCAUUCAGGGGUCAAGAUCCAGUCAAAGGUCAAGAUCCAUUCAGAGGUCAAGAUCCAUUCAGAGGUCAAGGUCCAGUCAAAGGUCAAGAUCCAGUCAAAGGUCAAGAUUCUGGCUCCGUGAAGCCUGGCUCCUGCCCCACAGUCAUGAUCCGCUGCGCCAUGUACAACCCCCCUGCCAAAUGCCACAGUGACACUGAGUGCCCUGGCGCCAAGAAGUGCUGCGAGGGCUCCUGUGGGAUGGAAUGUUUGGAUCCACAGUAAGGUAGACUUGUCCUUACAGCACCUGUGAAGUCUCCGGGGCCUCAGACCCUGCUUCCUGUGUCAUUGCCUCUCCCACAUUGCCUGUUCUUCCUUCCCAGCAUGCCCAACCCCUGGCUGCCUCUCUAGUCCACUUUCCAAUAAAAACCAU